ACGCACGCUCAUUCCUCGUCCAAUAAAACGCGUUCUCCAUGUCCCUAGGCUAGGCUAGGCUAACCAAACCAAACCAUUGUAGAAGGUGAGAUUGUUUUUCAAAUCGUGUGGAAUAAAGGACCUUUUAAUAUUUUGUUGAAGAUUGUGUUUUCUCUAUAUCACGCCCAGAGGUCCUUGAGUCUAAAAUGACGUACAGGAGAGAAAGGAAUAUACGGGAGGUUUAUGAGGAUCGCUUUUUGCCAGAGAGACCAGGUCCUUACCCACGGGCAGUUGGCACAGCGGAUAGAAGGGGACCCUUUGGCAGGCCGGAGGACGACUAUGGCCGCGGCGGGUAUGAAUAUGAAGCAGGUCCGCGCUUUUUUCCAAACGGAGCAGGACCACGUAAUUAUCAUGAAGAUCAGAGGAGCUACCAUGGGGACAACGUUCAUUUCUCCGCUGAACGCCGAGCCGUUCCACCUUCGAGGAGGGAGGACUACCCCUACAGAGUGCCCAGGGAGGACCCACACGCAGGGCGGCCUUUGGAGUUUGGCGCUCGUGCUCCCCCUCAGCACAGCGUGCGAAACCAGGGCAUCUACCCAGCGGCCCGAUCGCUCCCAGAGAGCGGGGAAGACACACUUGUGCAAGCCAUCCUCAACCUGGACAGAGGGGAGGACAGAGACCAAUACAGGAGAAAGGCGGUCCCGUUCCCUCCGCUCAGAGAGCGCUCUCCCGUGCGCCGCGACGCCCCCCGUUCCCCCCACAGUCGCUCCGGCUCCAGCGUCAGCAGCAGGGGCUACUCGCCAGACCGAGCCAAGACGCUGCCGUUUCCCUUACAGCAAGGCAAGGAUGUGGACGGUCCAGAGGGAGUUUCUGAGCACCAUUGGGGGGCGCUCUUUCCUCUACAGAGUGGACCUGAAACUUUGGAUAAAAUUCCUGGUCUGUCAAGAGAAGGCUCGCCACACAGCGCGACCUCAAUCAAGGAGGAGAAUCAUCCUCUCGAAGGAGAAAAGGAGGAGCCUCUGAUGGCUCCAGCCGUCGAGGAGAGCCAGAAGUCGUCCCCGGACAACGUUCAAGAGCGACGAGCCCUGGCCAUCGCAGCCAAAGCGAAGGAGAUCGAGAAGGUCUACCGGCAAGACUGCGAGACAUUUGGCAUGGUGGUGAAGAUGCUGGUGGCCAAAGACCCCAACCUGGAGAAGCAGCUGCAGGUUCCCCUGAGGGAGAACCUCGGGGAGAUCCGCGAACGUUGCCUGGAGGAACUGAACCACUUCAUCGGCGAGCUGGACGAGGUGGUCCGGCAGUCGGAACCUUCCGUCUGUGACUCGACCACCCCGUCGACGGCUCUGACUGCUCAUAAACUUCCAAAGACUGGGGUCGGUCACGGCUCGUCUUACUGACACGCUGGCCAUCGGCUCCUCGUGAGACUGAGCGUCGAAGGACCUUUGAACACAACGGAUAUCUCUAAUAUGUUUUUUGUUUUUUUCUUUGCUGGACCUGGAAUCGACUCUACGACGCAGCCAUCUGAAGGAAAACUCAAAACUGAGUUCAUGCAGUGUUGCAUUGUACUGGAACGGUGUUUGUUUCAAACGGACCAUUUUAUACCUUUCCUCUACUUGUUGAAAGAUGGAGAUUAUAAAAUAUGGUUUCAAGUUGUUCAGUCUCUCAUUAUAUGGAAAUGGUUCACGUGGGUUUUGUUAUUUAAAACAAUUGUUGGUUGGUCCUGCAGCAUGAUCACACUUUUCUAAAAGAAAAGCCAGAUAAGACAAUAUUGUUUUCUGUUAUGUUCAGUUGUGUUUGUUUUGUAGCAGUCACAUUUAUGACUUGGUGCUGCUAAAUUUACAGUUCUAUAAAUUUGUACUGUCUGGAAAUGCCAGUUUGUUUACUUGUCUCAUUUGCUUCUCAAACUUGGAUUUCCUUCGGAAAAUUAUUUUUAACUUAGCGUUUUUGUUAUUUAAUACAAGUUACAUAAAUACCCAACCUUGUCUUCUUUAGCUAUACUUAAAUUCUGCUAUUUCAGUAUUGUGUAUAGCCUCCUAAAACAAUUUAGCAACGUGCCUCACCUAAACAUUAAAGAAAAAUUCACUAAUUUAAAAUUCAAAAUGUAAGCUAGCAAUUUAUUGUAACACAAUUCACUCUUCAUGAGGUUUAGAUUCCAUUGCCACCCUGCACAAUCCUAAAAACUCAAUACAUCUCCCCAUUAAAACCAUCACCACAGAAUUAAUAUCAUAUGAACAUUGUCAAAAAUACAGGACAACCAUUCAGGAAACUAAGGAAAGAAAUCAUUUAUUACAAGCGUCUUUACAUCACAAAGCAUUUAGCUGGUUAUGUCUGAGCAAGAGAAUGGACAGUGUGUUACUGCCAUCCGUAUCAUCGUUUGAACACUAAGCAUUGGGGUGAAUAUGGUGUAGAAAUUGUUAGAGUAACUUGGCACUUUACUGUGAAGAGCACAGUUUAUGAAGUGGCACCUUCUUGGUUUCUAAUGAAAUAUUAACGAGGUCUGUUUGUUUUCUGCUAUUUCUUGUAUAUCUUACACUUCAACAGAAACCAUUGAAACACGGAUAUAAAAAUACCAGUAUUCAAAUCUUAACUUAGUAUAUACAUAAUUUGGACUAUUAUGCAUUAAAUAAUUUUUUGGUUUGCUUCUAUUUUCUACGUUAUUGACUCCUAUGUU